AUGGUUCGCUCCCGCAGUGUAUCCUCUGCAUCUAGCAGCAGCUCUCAAUACCCUUGUGCUUCCUCUUCGCGACCUUCAUCGCCCUCCAAAAGGUCUUUCUAUGACCGCAGCUCAGCAUCAACCUCCAUGUCCUCACUGGACGCUUGCAGCACGCCCGCACAGCGCUGCAGCUGCGAGUUGAUCAACGAGAGUCGACUUAAGAAACUAUAUUACGAUCACUCCCAGUCCACAGACGGCCUUUGGCACGGGCCUCUCAGCGUCGCUGAGUGGACGAAGGAAUUCUUGCCAUCUCGCGAGACACCAAUCAAACUCGACCCCGACGCCUUACCAGAUAGUCAUGAUGCACUGGCAUUUGAGGACUACAUCACCAGCAGUGGGGUCUGUGCCACCGUCUUCCCUCGCGCCAUACUCGGUGUGCACGGCAAGGAUCACACAACCAACACCUUCCUCUCCGCCGACUUUUCGAUCCUCUCGAGGAAUUUUGCGCUUGAUCACAACAGUCGCGUUCCGGACACAGAAGAAGCCGCCUACACGCGUGGACGCCUCGCCGCGAUUAUGCGCGCUGUCGCUGUCAACUCUCACCGCACAUUCUGCUUCGCCUUUGUCGUCAUGCCCGAGUUCGCUCGCCUACUACGCUUCGACCACGCCGGCAUUGUCUACUCCGAACUCUUUCCCUGGAGAACGUCCGGCGAUCUGCUACACUUCAUGGCCACCUUCGAUCGUAUGACGCCAGCCCAGCGUGGCUGCGAUACAUCUGUGUCAGCCGUCGCGUCGGACUCAGAAGAGGCCGUGCAGGCGAAGGAGAUCCUGGAAAGCUCGAAUGCUCUGCCAGACGGCGUCCAGAAGACAUCGGUCAUUCCAAAGCGGCAUCGCGGUCCGCUCUAUCUCGUGAACGUCUACGACGACGAGCAGAAGGCGUAUCAUCGUGUCGUCAUCCACCGUCCCAUCAAGUCGGUAGAGUUCUAUGUCGGCCGUAUGACGAUGGGGUACUAUGGCGUAGAUCUGGACGAAGGCGCUGUGGUUUACGUCAAGGAUGCCUGGCGUAUUGCCUCCCCCGCCACAGCACCGGAAGCUUCCACCUAUCGGCGCUUGAACACGCACAGCGUGCCCUACCUUCCCGGAUUCUACUUCGGCGGCGACGUUCCGGAGGAUACCUCCGCUCUGUUGCAUCCUGCACCUAGUACAUCAACCGCCUGCCCAAAGCAGAACACCCAAUCUCAAUUAUUCGUGACCGACCACGAAGAAGCGCCUCGACGGUCUCGCAGGAUGCAUGUCGGGCUUCACGAGCACGUUCAUCAUCGGUUACUCUUCAAGAAAAUUGGUCGACCUUUGAAGUCAUUCCAAAGCACGCUCCAAUUAUGUACCUCUCUCAUGCAUGCGCUCAAAUCGCAUGGAGCUGCCUACGAAGACGCCAAGAUACUACAUCGCGACAUCAGCGGCGGCAACAUCCUGAUAGACAAGGACGGCUGCGGCAUGCUUAUCGACUGGGACAUGUGCGUGUGGCUGGAGAAUAAAGAGGAAGCUGAGAGGACUGGUCAGAAGAUUGGCACCUGGGCUUAUAUCUCCGCUGGCCUGCUGAUGGGACGCGAACAGCGCCCCCACCUGCUACGGGAUGAUCUGGAGUCCUUCGUGCACGUCCUCUACUACCACGUCUUCCGUUAUCGGCCAUCCGUACCGGCAGGCAGCUCUGCACAAAACGAACUCCUUGCGGAGAUCGAUCGCGUGUUCAAUACUGCGUGGAGGACGGAGAGCGGCAGCAUGGCGGGUGGCGGCCCCAAGAGCCUGUAUCUGCAAAGUUCCUCUCACUUCGAUCCUGCUAUGAUGCGGACGCACAUCCAACCCCUUCCCCUCUGCCGACUGAUGCUCACUGUGCGCAAAGCCUUCGAGCCAAUCUACACGGUCGAACCCCUGGUCUGCACAUCAGGUGACGACGCAUACGUGGCCCUCGAGUUGAAAGAACUGGAGCGUUGGAAGCAAGGGUUCAACACGGCUCACGAGCGGCUGCAGUCUUCUGCAUACCUGAUAUCGCUUUUCGAGAAGAUGACUACGGAUUACGAUCGUGCGCGGUUCCAGUGGUUGUCGGACGAUGGUGCCGUAGACCAGUUCGAUCUCCCGCCAGAGUCUACCAACGAUCAUAGUGCGAUGGCCGCACCUUCGUCCAGUGGAUCCCGAAAGCGCUCGGCUGAGUCGCUUGGCGACAAAGUGGCGCCCCUAGGCAAGGUGCAGCGUGUGACAAGUAGUCGCAACGUGUCAGCAGGAGCUCUCGCAAGAGCAGGGACGCGCGAUUAA